UGUUACGUUAAUCAGUAUGAGGUGAGUUCAUGUGACCAGUUCAAGGUCAGCCAAUAGCAUCGCAGUCAUGGAAAUCAUGACUCAGCCGAUUUUGGCACUUAGGGUAUACCCAGCCUAUUUAUCAUGACUCAAUGCCUUUAAGUUACGAAUACGGAAGACGACUCAGAAUAGUUCUCAUGCACGAUGACGGCGAGAUCGAUGAUGACAAAUUCCUUGUUUUUCAUGAGGCAAAUAGACACGGAAACCUGCAUGUUGGACUUCCAUAUUGGUAAUAUGAACGUUUUAAUCUGGAUGAGAUGCGAGAGGACAAAUGUGAGGUCCAGUUUCGGUUUAAGAAACAAGACAUAGCUAGGCUCGCUGCUGCAUCACACCUUCCAGAAGUUUUUAAGUGCUCAAAUAGAGCUGUAAUGGGGCCAGUUGAAGCACUAUGUGUUUGCCUGAAACGUUUUGCGUACCCAUGCAGAUAUGCAGACCUGAUACCAAGGUUUGGAAGACCCGUGCCUCAACUCUGCAUGAUAACUAACCUUGUGGUUAAUUUUUUAUAUGAUUCAUUUUCUGACCGGCUUCAAAACCUGAACCUGCCAUGGCUUUCCCCACAACACCUGAAGAUGUAUGCACAGGCAAUUCACAACAGAGGUGCUGCAUUGGAUAACUGCUGGGGAUUCAUUGAUGGCACAAUAAGACCGAUUUGUAGGCCCAAGGACAACCAGAGGGAAGUUUACAAUGGACGCAAACGGGUUCAUGCCCUUAAGUUCCAGUCAGUUGUGACUCCCAAUGGUCUCAUUGCAAAUCUUUUUGGUCCAGUUGAGGGAAGAGACAGUGGUAUGUUAAAUAUGUCUGGCCUCUUGCAUGAUCUGGAACAUCAUUCAUUUUCCCCAACUGGCCAAGCAUUGUGUCUUUAUGGUGACCCAGCUUAUCCCCACAGAGUGCAUCUCCAAUGCCCAUUUGCCAGAAGGGCUGACCUUACUCCAGAGGAAGAGGCAUUUAACCAAUCCAUGAGUCAAGUUAGAAUUUCUGUUGAGUGGGUAUUUGGAGAUAUUGUAAAUUACUUUAAAUUCACAGAUUUUAAAAAAGAUCCUAAAAUUGGUUUGAGGGCAGUUGGCAAGAUCUACAUGGUGUGUGCAUUGCUACGCAACGGAUUGACAUGUUUAUAUGGCAACAACACUUCAAAAUUUUUUGAUGUUGAUCCUCCAACUAUCGAAGAGUAUUUCCAGUAGGUUGUACCAAUCAAAGAUCAAUAAAAGCUACCAAGAAUACCAAGUUUUCCUUUUCUUUCACACAGCACACGAUUAUCUGUUUUGUUUUUCUCUUAAAAGAAAUUAUGGAAAGGAAAAUUUUUUGUAACUACCAUAGGAUGCAUUCCUGCUGUAGAAUAUUUAAAAAGUAAUGAUCAAACCUU